CAUUCAAGCAGCCACACGCUUUCAUUCAUUUUGUUCGGUCUGCCGCUUAGAAUCCUUGUAGAACCAGGGACUGGAACCAUAUCAUGUCGCUCUAUAUAACCGCCAAGGGCUCGCCUUACAACAGGAGCCACUAUCUGAACCAAUCCUUGCACCACCUCGCCGAACAGUAUGGUAUGACUCUAUUCUCAGUCAAGGACGUCAACCUGAGCUGCUCGCAGACAGUCUUCAACCCAGACGGAAACCCUAUCGCAGACAUCCUUGAGAUCACAAUGCGCGCGAGUACCAUUGGGAGCAAAACUGUUGACUUACAAUUCUUCUAUGAUCCAUACGAUUGGUCCUUCCCACCCGACUUGAUUAUCCAUGGGCUAUCCACCAAUCCCUCCUUAAGUGACCUUGGCUUGGACGACUCGUGGGACCAUGAGGACCCUGCAAACCUGAGCAGAGUGCUGGGCAAACUAUCACGGAUGAUGCAGCACGGCGAACGACAGAGAGUAGCACUGUGCGACAAUGAACGGAUACAAGUCGAAUACAGCUGCCUGCAUGACAUGGAGGAAAUGGACUGCUGCUUGAUACCUGGAAUGGAUGGACCAACAAAGGUUUUGUUUGCAGUGCCUUUCCAUAUUGCAUAUCAUAGCAAUGGAAAGAAACGCAGGACCAAAGUUGUCGCCAAAAUCCAGUUCCUGAUCAGCUCCUUGGUCCCGAACGAUAUCACGGCUGCUCAGAGUAAACUCGAAGUACUGUCAUCAUUCGAGUACCCAGAGCUCAUCCAAUCAGUAUCGGAAAUUAGCAAAGAGGAGCCGAUUACGGCUUAUAUUGAAAGAGUUACAAAGAGAGUAACGGACCAUUUCGAAAGGCAAGGACGAAGCAGACAGCUGAAGAAAGAGUUUAUCGAGACCAUCACGACUACUUUUAAACCGCAACUCUUAGAGUGCGACCUUACGAACUACAGUUACGCUGCGUUCUUGUUUACGGUGCCAAAAGAGAAAAUGCAAGCAUCGGCGGUCGUGACAUUUUUUGUUUCUGAUAGCUUUCCUGAUGAGUAUCCAAAGAUGACGAUGACGGCACCGGUUAUGCCAGGCGACUCUUACACGGCAACACCACCUCCAGAGGCGAUACCCAUCAAACGGUACAGUCCUCGGUGGGGCGCCGACAGGAUUGUCACAGAAAUUUGGGAGCAAUUGUGGGACGACAUCCCUCGCUUCCACACCAAGUUGUUGCAUAUGGCAUCAAGCCAAACGACUCUCGUCUAGGUGUAGAAGAAUAUCGUCGUCAUCCUUUGCACAUCAUUGCAGUAAUACGACCCUCUCUUCAAAUAAAAUCAAUGAUGUGGAAAACCCUG